GACCCGGGGCCCGGCCGCGCCUUCCGCCCCCUCCCGCGGCGGCGGGCGGGCCUCCCCUCCACGCCCCCGCCGCCCGCGCCCCGCGCCGGGGGACGGCGAGGAAGGCCACAGCCGCAGGCGCCGCGGGGUCGCCGAAGAUGGGGAACACGACCUCGUGCUGCGUGUCGUCCAGCCCCAAGCUCCGGAGGAAUGCCCACUCGCGCCUCGAGUCCUACCGGCCCGACACGGACCUGAGCCGCGAGGACACCGGCUGCAACCUGCAGCACAUCAGCGACCGAGAGAACAUCGACGAUUUGAACAUGGAAUUCAAUCCUUCAGAUCAUCCUCGGGCGAGCACAAUAUUCCUCAGUAAAUCUCAGACAGACGUGAGAGAAAAACGCAAGAGCCUCUUCAUUAACCAUCAUCCUCCAGGACAGAUAGCAAGAAAAUACAGCUCCUGCUCCACUAUUUUCCUAGAUGAUAGCACAGUCAGUCAACCAAACCUCAAGUAUACAAUUAAAUGUGUAGCUCUUGCAAUAUAUUAUCACAUCAAAAACAGGGACCCAGAUGGAAGGAUGCUCUUAGAUAUUUUUGAUGAAAACCUUCACCCUCUUUCGAAAUCCGAAGUGCCACCAGAUUAUGACAAACAUAAUCCAGAGCAGAAGCAGAUUUACCGGUUUGUUCGGACACUGUUCAGUGCUGCUCAGCUGACGGCUGAAUGUGCCAUUGUCACCCUGGUUUACCUUGAAAGACUCCUAACGUAUGCAGAGAUCGAUAUCUGUCCGGCCAACUGGAAGCGGAUUGUUCUAGGGGCAAUCUUGCUGGCCUCCAAAGUGUGGGAUGACCAGGCUGUGUGGAAUGUGGAUUACUGCCAGAUACUAAAAGACAUCACGGUGGAAGACAUGAAUGAGCUAGAGCGACAGUUUCUUGAAUUGCUCCAGUUCAACAUCAAUGUUCCUUCCAGUGUUUAUGCCAAGUAUUACUUUGAUCUUCGUUCUCUGGCAGAAGCAAACAACCUGAGCUUUCCCUUGGAGCCCCUGAGCAGGGACAGGGCUCACAAGCUGGAGGCCAUCUCUCGUCUCUGUGAGGACAAGUACAAGGACCUGAGGAGACACAUAAGAAAGCGGUCAGCGAGUGCUGACAAUCUGACUCUGCCCCGGUGGUCCCCGGCCAUCAUCUCCUAACCGCGGGCGUCCCCGCGGGAGACCCCGCCAUCCCUGUUUCUCCUUUAGUUCGAGAGAAGACAGACUCGGGGUGGUUUCGUUUGGUUCUUUGUUUUUUUUUUUUUUUCUUUCCUUUUCUUGAAUCGUAGCUCCGUCAGGCUGCCGGGACCACCGCCUCAGGCCGCGCAGUGAGACUCCGAGGGGAAGCAGCCCCGGCCUUGAGGGAACUGUCUCGUGGAAACGCCUUCGCCUUCCCCGCGGUCAAGAGCAGCUCUGGCUUCGCGAGGGAGAAGGCCGGGCGAGGAGGAAGAACAGGGAGCGGGCGGGGCGUGGCGGCAGCCGAAGGCGAGCCGUGGCCGGCGAGAUUGGAUGCGAUUAAAGACGAGAAUGCCGCAGUGUCGCCGCGGCCCGUGUAUUCUGUAUGACUUCUUGCAUUCCUUCUGGCUGCGUUUUUUGGGGGGUGGGGUGGCGGGGGUGGGACCCGAGGGACUUUUGUUUCUUUUUCCUCUUUCCUGGGUUUGGGCCCCACAGAGCAGAGACGCAGGUCACGCCAAUAAACGGUUCCGGUUGCUUGUUCCCGCGCGCCCUUGCGGGCUGUCUUCGCGCUUUCUUCCUCCCCCAGCCGGGCUUGUGCGUCUCAUCUCUGGCCACUUGCAGUCCCCACGGGUUUUCCUCAGCAGAGGCAGACGUCCCGUGACUGUCGUGCUCGACCGAAAGUGUCCCUUCCCCCUGCCCCCCUCCCUCACCCCCAGGAAAUUCUAGAUCACAUGGGUGCUUUGUGCCUUCCGAGUUUUCUUGCUCUUUCUCUCCCCCCCCCCCGACCGGAAGUCGUAAUUGCCAGGAAAGCCAGACUCUGUGGGCUGAAGGAAGUAGCGUGCAGCCAAGGGAUCCCCGGGUGAGAGCCUUUCCGAGUGUGAGGUGUGGACCUGAGGUGGUUGAGGAGGAGCCAUUUCUUUAUACUCCCUGCCCACUUCAUUCAUCCACGUCCACGUCCAUUGUCGCAAGCAAUAUCCUUCUCAAUUUUGUAUGUUUACUUUAAAUCAGAGUUAGUCUAUUUGUAUAAAAUUUUUAAAAAAUCUAAAAUUAAAAAAAAAAACAGGGUGGGUGGGUAUUCCAAUGGGGAAGAUCAUGCAAGGGCAAAUGUUCCUAUUUACUGAGGUAUUUUUCACAGAAUGAUUGAAUAAAAAAAAACAAAAGAACUCAGCUGGCAUUUUCAUUGUGGGUGCUUGGAGAAGUAACACGAAAUUCAAACUAUGAAGGUUAAUGUUAAUUCAUUGUGAUUCUACUUUGAAAAUCGCUAAUCAUCUGAUUGGCUUAUAGCUGAAACUUUUCUGUCAAGUAAAAUAAAAGGGUUAAUGAUCGAAUAUAAGAGUAAGUUUAAUUCUAGCUCCAAGAACCAGAGUCAAUGAAAUAUACACUGCUUUGGGUUUUUUCUGGAUCACGGACGGAUGUUUCUAAGGUUUUGGUUGUUGGUGUUUUUUUUUUUUUUCUGCCUCCUUUUUUGAGUCUUGAGGCAAGUGGCAACAGAUAGUCAGUGUUUCACCUUCCUCCUGUGUGAGCUUGGAAAACAUUGGCAUCUCACAUUACUGAGUCUUGAGUAUCUUUGUUCAUAUACCCAGUCCCCAGACAUGCCUGCUGCCAGUGAAAACAUGCUUUGAAUGAAAGGGACUCGGGAACACAGUGCAGAUCCAGGUUUCACUGAAAUUUGUCUCAUGUAGUAACAAACAUUUGGGCCUGAAAUGUUGUCAGGUUCUUUUCUGGUCUGAACUUCGAAAAGCAAACAAGCAGAAUACGAAAAUCACCUUUCCAUUGUAAUUGUGUUGAUCCACUCCCUAUGGGUUCCAAAAUCAGCUUCUCUUCAAGUAAGAGUCAGAUCUAGAACUUUAAAUAGAGGCCUAAAAAUGUAGAAAGUAUCGUUUUAUAUUCCCUAACCUAUAUAGCUUAAAAAGGGACAUAUUUUCUUAGCAGAAUAUGAAUACCUCUGAGACGUGAAUUAGUUCCUUUCAUGGAAAGUAUCUUAUUUUACCGAUCCAUUUCAGGAACAAGGAUCUGCUGCCUUUACAGCAGAAAUCUUAUUUUUCUCCCUUUGAUUUGAAUGAGAGAGAUUUGAAAAUUGAAUUAUGUAAAUAUUUCAAUGCAUCUGAUAUUAUUUUGUGGAGUUUAUUAAAACUGCUUUAAAAAUUGUAAAGUCUAUUUAUUGUAUGUAUGUACAUACAGUCUGAUAACUUAAAAUUUAAAGUGAUUCCGUAAAACCUGGCUCAGUCUUGUUUAGACUAUUGAAUAUUGUUUUAGCCUUGUACACUGGACUCUACCUCUGUAUAGGAAAAUUUUCCAUAUUCAUUAAUAAGUAUUGAUCUGUAUUCAUUGGUUCUGUCUCUUGCAUCAAGGAUUUUUAAAAUUGCUGUAAGUGUAGUUUUAGUUUUACUUUGCAGUAUGAAUCACUUGAUACACGUAGAUACUUGAGGUUUAGUUUAUUUUUCUACAGGAUCAUGAAGAGUUAAUGUUUUGUUUUCUGGUUUGUUCUAAGUUUGCCAAGAAAAAAAAAAACACAACUAACAAAAGACCAGUAUGGGCCCUACUGAUAGGUCACAGAGACUGUCCUUUGUUCUCUAGGUGAUUCAGUGCUCCACACACAAUGCUGGUCACUGUCAGAAUAUAUUGUCUCAGUGCAACUUUCCAAUGGACGGUUUUCAUCUUUUAUGAAGGAUAAAGAAAAAAACCACAUCAUCUAUUGACUUAGUUGACUUAACCAACAAAGUUGUGAGGAGAAUAAAUAAUAUAUCCCAAUCUAAAAAGUUUUUUUUUUAAGUUUUAUUAUUAUUCAACUGGAGAAAGAGAAAGAAGUCAGGGAUUUUAAACCAAAUUAGAGGGCAAGGUGGGAGAACCUCCCCAGACCUGAGAUGUGCUCCCAUGCCUUACUGUGCUGGCUGGGGCCGGGCUCAGCCCCACACCCUCAUCUGGCUCCUUUCCUGGGCUGACUCUCCCAACUUCCUUCUCUUGGUCUUUGGCAGGAGCAUCUCUGUCUUGGGGUUUUCCUUGAUUCUGGGGAUCUUGAACCUCAUCUGAGCUGCAUAGCAGAGUUUGGGGAGUGGACAAUUUUGAUCCUUUCUGGCUGCUUUUGGUAACCUCUCACCUGGGGCCAUAUUUUACAGCUUUGAAUUUUCUAAAUAUAAUUCUUGGUUUAUUGUAGGUACUUAAUAAGUGUUAAAUAAAGAAAUACAACAAAUAG